AUGCUGUUGCAGAGUUUUCAGUCGUGUGCGCGUCUCUGCGCACCGAAAUUGCCCGUGCUCUUGAUAGUGGUUUCCGGGACGGCGCUGCGCUCAGCCACGGCUUGUCGGACCGGGCUACUGUGCAAACUGUUCUGGGUCCUCCCUGCCAUCCGUGUUUCGGCAUGCACGAUGGCAGCGGUACCCACUGAAUGCAUCGUGGCCAGGUGGUUCUGGAGGCGCGUAUCGUGUUCUAGAACGUCCCAACGGCCACGAGCUGCAAGGGGUGCAGCACAGCACAGCACAGCUCAGCUCAGCUCGCUCUCGGGUGCUGACCAAGUCACCAUUGUUCUACUCGUCGAGGCCUGGCAGGUAGCGCUUCAAGUUGUUUGUCACCGGCAAGCAAGGCAGCAAUCUUUCCCUAACCCCGACACGGCACCGUCCCGAAUUCCGAGAAGUGCAGGCAGUGCUCGCGAGAAGAGUCACGAGGGCCUGCCUGUGCGAUGCAUUCUCAACAC